AUGGCAGAAAACACUAAUACUAAUAGUCCACAAAAAAAUUUACGUUUUCUCGAUGUCGAUGAGGAACCAAGAAAAGCGUUACUUCCUAUAGAAGGAUACCAAGAUAUGCCAUUGAUGUCAUUAGAAGAAGCAAUCAAACCUCUUGAAAUUCUUAUUCCGAAACUGUCAGCUAAAGUUUGGGUAGCAAAAGAAAAUUGCCAAAAUCCAACUGAUGGUUUAAACUGCGAGGAAUCGUCGGCUAUUCAAUUAUAUACAUUUGAAUGGUAUCCGAUGACUCGCAGUUUUUAUUACAUACUUAAUCGAACAUUGCGUUCAGAAGAUCGUCAACAAUUAAUACCGUGGUUUGCCUAUUUAAAAUUAUUUCUUUCGGCAUUGUUUAAAUUGCCAUCAGUUAGAGGCACAAUUUGGCGUGGUGUUAAAACCGAUCUAAGUACAAAAUAUCCAAAAGGAAUUCGUUGUACGUGGUGGGGAGUAAGUUCCUGUACAGAUUCGAUUGAAAUUCUCCAAUCGGAACAAUAUUUAGGAAAAACUGGUGCUCGUACUCUUUUCUCUAUUGAAUGUACUCAAGGAAAAGUAAUUAAAGAUCAUUCGUAUUUCAAAACAGAAAAUGAAAUUAUAUUAUUACCAGGUACUUAUCUAGAAGUCAUUAGCCAAUUGGAACUUGCCGAUGAUCUGCAUAUCAUUCAAUUGAAACAGAUUGAGCCACCAUUUGAGCUUCUUCAACCACCGUCGCUAAUGGCUAAUGUUCAAAUAACAACGGAGAUACCACAUGAUCUAAUCAAUGAAAUAUACCCAGACAACACGAUAGAAGAAAACAUAUCUCAAAAUGUUCAAACUCCACUACCACAACUGCAGCUUGUACAAGAACAACUAUCUGGUAAGGAUAAAAACAGUUUAAUAUUAGGAGCAUUCUAUAACUAUAAAUCUUAA